AUGGGUCGAAGGGCUCUGCUGCUGCUGCUGGCCAGUCCGCUGCCGUGGCUGUCGUGCUUCCUCAAUUGCAGGCCCACGCCACCAUGCAUGCGAACGGCAUGUGGAGCAGCUGCCUCCGGGCCAGCUGCCACAGCUGAGGCUCUGCGCGCUUUGGGACUGGACUAUGUGCCACCCAUGGCAGAGUUGCGGCGCACCUUCCGCCGCCUUGCUGCGCGAUCACAUCCAGAUGUUCAGAGCGGUAGCAAGGAGUCCUUCCAACGAGUUGUGGAGGCAUACCGUUUUCUACAAGAGUUGGACCAGAUGGAGCUGCUUCCGUCGGAGGGGCCUGAUGCUGUGGAGGAGUUCCUUUCAGACUGGCUCGGAAAGGAACCUGCCAUCCCGGGCUGGGGAAACUUCGCUCAGAUAGAGAGAGACACAGACGAUGAUGGAUGGGCAGGGCGUGCCCCCGUGCUGAAUUCUUUCGUGAGGAGGCACGAUGCGGCAAUAGAGGGACUUGUCUCUGAAGGAUCAGUUGUGAUCUUUCGUCUGCUGCAGCCAAAGCAGGGCUUUGGAUGGGGCAUCGGCCAUGUGGUGGCGGUGCAGGUGAACUACAGCAGGAAUGGGCCCAAUGGCCUGCUCCACAUCCAGCCCAUGUACCUGCGUGAAAGCAGGAGUGGCGUUGCCGUCCUGGAGGAUGAUUGGGACGCUGAUAUUGCCAUCACGAGGGCGACCGAUCGCCUCGAGUUGCUGGAUGCACGGCUUCAAAGUGAUGGAACCUUGCAGCUGGAGGACCCAAGCCGUGCACACACCCGAGCAGUCCUUUCCGGCAUGGUCCUUCUCGAUGGCGAAGGGUAA